CCGUACAGAACACAAGGGUUAUGGAUGAUUUACAUAGCUUUUCUUCGGUUGUGAAAGCAGUGAAGCACGUCUUCUACAUAAAUACUUAAUUGAAUUGAUAUACGUAGAGGAUGCCGUAAGAAUAUUUAUAUAUAAGGAUAAGCGAUUCUAAAACUAAUGCGUGCAUCGUAAGACCGUCAUGUUUAUUUUGCAAUGUGCCAUUGAAAGAUGAAUACUUGUUAUGGGCGCUUUAUAAUCGUCGAAUGUAUAUGAAAACAACCUGAAUGGAAUUUUGAAGCUUAUUGCGUGGUUAGAUAAGAGGACGUGUUAAGUAAAGUGUUUGGUAUUGAUCUUAACAUUGCCCUGACCUUUUCCGGAUGUAUAUUGAGUGUAUACGAAAGUGUGGGGGAGCAUGAAAUGUGACCAUUAAAAACAGGUCAAAUAACAGUUGCAUGGCAAAUAAAAACAAUUAUGAAUGCCAUUUAAAUACAGAAUUUGCGGAACUUCGUUAGCUUAUGCAGUAUUAUGAGUCAGUGUGUUAUUUUACCUCCAUAAAAAGUCAUGGUUCCGUACAACAACGUCGGAUAUUUUCUGAGAUUGGGGUGGCUUGUUUUAAUGGCGCAUAUUGUGCAGAGUGUGAAGGUUAAAGUUGCCGUGUAUGAACACGCUGUGAUAUCUCAUCAAAACGCGAAUGGGAGCUUCACAAGAGCGGAAGCAUUUGAGUUUAUGAAAAAUAAUCUACACUUUAUAGAUACAAUAGCUGACGAAGCAUCAAAACAGGGCGCGAGAAUAGUUAUCUUUCCGGAGUAUGGCAUCACUGGAUUCUACCACACACGAGAUUCGAUGAUUCCUUUCUUGGAAAACAUCCCAGAUGGAUCCCUAGUCUGGAACCCGUGCGAGGAACCUGAGCGCUUUAAUAACACAAAGGUGCUUAAAGUCUUAAGUUGCCGGGCAAAGACGUCAGGUAUAUACAUCGUAGCAAACAUGGGUGACAUAAAACCGUGCAGCAAAGCAACCGACAAGUCUUGUCCCGUAGAUGGUAGGUACCAGUUUAACACCAACGUCGUGUUUGACGACAAUGGGCGUCUGAUAGCUCGUUAUCACAAACGGAAUAUGUUCGAUGAAACGCCUUUAUUCGAUCCUGCGCCCAACAAUGAAUUCGUCUUUUUCACUACCGACUUCGGGAGGUUCGGAACUGUUGUGUGCUUUGAUCUGUUACAUGAGAACCCGACACAAACUUUGAUUGAACAAUAUGGGAUUCGGAACUUACUUGUUACUUCCGCCUGGAAUGUUUUUUAUCCGUUUGUAUUACCGGUGCAAAUGUAUGCUGGAAUUUCAAUCAAUAACAUCACCAUAGCUGUUUCCAAUGCUCGGAGCUAUGAUCAAAAAAUGGCUGGAUCUGGAAUAUAUGGAAACGAAGUGGAAGUAAGUUCAAAUAUGGAUGUAGAAAAUUCUGAGGGUGAAUUACUAGUUAAAGAGAUCGACACCUUUGACAACAUGGACAUUACGAUCAAUCAAAAAGAGCCUUCUUUACAAGGUUUUGGUGUCAUAGCUGCAAAUGACUUUGCACAAUACAUGAACUCUUCCAUCAGCGGGCUUUACAUUUUUGGCAUGAAUAUGUCAUUGGUUAUGUUAACCGGUGAUUCAGGCUGGGCGUUCACUUGCUAUGAGAAAGUAUGCUGUGCAGUUGAGUACGACUUCAAUGUAAAGAACGAAACGGAACUGUUUGUUUUGAGUGCCUUAGACUAUUUCAUGCUUUCUCCUGGAUAUAUACAUAUGCAGUUUUGUGCCAUCCACAUAUGUGCCACGAACGAAACUGCGUCGUGCGGUAGACCAGUCGAUAAAGCCUCGUCUACAUUUUCUUACGUAAAACUUCAGGGAUUCUUUAAUCCUGGCGUUGUGUUUCCAUUUCUUUCGACAUCCUCUGAUGGUCAACACCACACUAUGGAACUGAACAAAUAUAAUUUCAGCAGAAGCAAAGCCAUAAUAGAAAGCGAUGCAUUUGACAAACCAAUGUUGGCAAUUGUUGUUUUUAACAGCGUCUCGGCAGAAUAUGAACAAUCAAAUAGUGAUGCAUCAAGUGAAGCCGAACAUUCUCUGCCGUCAAAAAGUUUUCAUUUCAUGUGUAUUUCAUAUGUUAUUUCAUGUUGUUUUAUCUAGCAAAUUUGCUUGGCGCUUGAUUACUUUCGUAUUAUUGGUAAAACGUUCAAGUAAUUUUUAUGCCCCCAAAGGAGGGCAUAUAGUGAUCGCACUGUCCGUCCGUCUGUCCGUUACACUUUUGCGUUUAGGUUUUGAAAAAUGCUCAUAACUUCUAUGUCGCUUCAGAUGUAAACUUUAUAUUUGGUAUGCAUGUGUAUAUGAACAUUGCCUUUUCAUACGCACACAUUUGUUUACCCCUUUGACCUUGACCUUGAACUUAAAGUACGCGUUUAGGUUUCGGAAUCUGCGUUUAGGUUUCGAAAAAGCGUUUUUCGGGGGCAUAUGUCUUCCGAUGGAGACAGCUCUUGUUCAUACUCGUGUUGCAAAUUCUGUUUUUUACCCAUUUGUUAUAAAAAGAAUUUCGCCCCAAUUUUUCAAUUAAAUAUAAUUAUUGAAAAUGUUCAGUAUUUCAUUUUGCAGGAAAAAUUAGUAUUAAUAUCAAUAAGCAUGACAGAAACAGAAAUUAAUAAAGCGCAUGGUAUUAUAUUUGGCUUUUUCUACAAUAAUAAAUGAUACAAGACUAA